CGUUACCUAGAUCUAUGAGCCGUUGUAAGUCCAGUGUCGAAAUAUAUAUGAACGAAACGACCCAUCAUAGUUUUCGACGACGAUCUCUACCACUUAAGUCGACUUAUCCCCGUUGCGAUCUUGAGCUUAUCUGAGUAGCUGCUCUGCACAGAUGCUCUAACGAUCAGUCACCAUGUCGACUUCUACAACAAUAGUCACGAACCCUAAUCCAACAAGCUGGCUUCAGAAUUUAGGUAUCGCCAUAGAAGUGGUAUGUCCUGCGUUGGCAUUUAUAGUCGUCGUCCUGAGGACAUAUAUCAGGCUCGACACGAAGAGCUUCGGUUGGGAUGAUGGCCUGAUCGUUUCUGCAAUGGCCUUGAGCAUUGCUCUGGCAGUAGGCUCAAUUAAAGUUAUGAAAUCACUCUACAUAGGGAUUCAUUAUUAUGAUGUCCCGCCCUUUGAUCCCACGGAGGGAUUGAUCUGGAUCUAUGUUGUCGGCGCCGUCUACCAGCCCAUCUUAACAUUAGUCAAGCAGUCCGUCCUCGUCUUCCUGCUCCGUUUUUCGGGUGUCAAGUCUGGGGUCCGAUACGUCGUCUGGGCUACUAUCAUCUUCAAUACUAUUCUGAUGGUUGCGAUAUUCAUCGUCGUUAUUUUACAAUGUAUACCCAUCGAGAUGAAUUGGAAUCCAUUGAUUAAAGGACAUUGCAUCGAGCAAUUCAAAUUCGGUGUAGCGGCUGCUUCUUUGACAAUUAUGACCGACAUUGUCUCUGUUGCGCUUCCGUUCUAUAUUUUCCUGGGACUGCAGAUAAACAAGAACAGAAAAGUUGCCUUGAUUGGCGUCUUUAUGCUCGGCAUACUUGUUACGGUUGUCAGCAUCGUCCGUCUAUAUUUCCUUGCUCAGAAUUUCAAUGAUACGAGCCCUGACAAGAACUUCUCUCUCGGCUUCUGUGUAUCUUCCAUCGAGUGUAACCUAGCGAUCUUAACUGCGUCGGCCCCUGCGCUGUGGCCACUUGUCCGUCGCUGGCUUCCUCGUCUCAAAUCGACUAACAACCAAUCUUAUUACGGAAAGCACAAAUAUGGCGUCUCAUCACACACACAACAGGGUUAUAUAAGAACUACAGAUGGACCAGAGAACAGCAUCGGGCUGAAGGACAUGAGCGGCAGGCGAGUGCAUACCGAAGUUCGAUCAUCACGAGACUCGGACGAGGAAAUUCUUACUGGCACGGGCAUAAUGCGUACUACACAGUUUACUGUCUCUACUACGGAUAGUCGCUCGCACGCAACGUUAAGUCGUAACUUCGAUGAUCGCGCACUACACUCUAAAGCAUCUAGCAAUGGCUCAUUAUGAGUCAAUUGCUGAUUAUGUACCUAUGUAUAUUAUAUAUGGUGGUGGGUGGCGUUAGGGGACGGUUGCUUGGAUGGAGUAAGGGGAAUAUUUACUACCAAUACCCUUUCACCUUAUUGUUGAACCCUUACUAUAACCACUUAUGCGUAUUGCCUCAAUGAACACAGAGUUAUAGAG